AAACACCCCACUUCUCCAACAAUGGCUACAAUCACCAACUUCCUCCUCUCCAAACCACCUUCAUCACCGUCUCUCCCCAAACAACCAAACCCUCUCUUCUUCCGCUCCACCACCCACUCCUCCCCAAGCCUCGCGAAGCCCAACCGGCCGCUCGCCGCGAGGCCCGAUCGCCCUCGCGGAUUCACCUUGCGGGCCACGGCCGCCACCCAGAAGUCGAAGUCGUCGUCGCCGCCGGCGAGCGACGAGCGAGUCCAGCAGGUGCACAGCGCGGAGGAGUUCGACGAGGCGCUGCGGGCGGCGAAGGACAGGCUGGUGGUGGUGGAGUACGCGGCCAGCCGCAGCGCGAGCAGCAGCAGCAUGUACCCCUUCAUGGUGGAGCUGAGCCGGCAGUGCAGCGACGUGGUGUUCCUGCUGGUGAUGGGGGACGAGUCGGAGGCGACGCGGGAUCUGUGCCGCCGCGAGAAGGUGGAGAAGGCGCCCCACUUCUCCUUCUACAAGUCCAUGGAGCGCGUCCACGACGAGGAGGGCAUCGGCCCCGACCAGCUCGUCGGCGACGUCCUCUACUACGGCGACAGCCACUCCGCCGUCGAGCAGCUCCAUUCCAGGGAAGAUGUGGAGAAGCUGAUCGAAGGGCACAAGGCCGACCACAAGCUGAUCGUCCUCGACGUCGGCCUCAAGCACUGCGGGCCGUGCGUGAAGGUGUACCCGACGGUGCUCAAGCUGUCGCGGCAGAUGUCCGACACGGUGGUCUUCGCCAGGAUGAACGGCGACGAGAACGCCAGCUGCAUGCAGUUCCUGAAGGACAUGGACGUCAUCGAGGUGCCCACGUUCCUGUUCAUCAGAGAGGGCGAGAUCCGGGGGAGGUACGUCGGCUCCGGCAAGGGCGAGCUCAUCGGAGAGAUCCUCAGAUACCAAGGGGUUCGCGUCACCUACUGAUUCCGGGGGUUAAUUCGAACGUGAGAUUACUGAUUGAAUUUUGAUCCGAAGGUCGGUGGUUAUGCUACUCGGAGCAGGAUGCUUCCCCCCCAAAUUACUACUUGUCGACAAGAGACCAUGACCUCGUAUACUCAAAA